CACGAGCCCCUCGGGAGGCGGGCGGAGCAGCGUGCGGGAGGAGGGCGGCCGCCAGGACUUCUUGGCGAGACUUCAGCGGGAUGGGCAGCGCCGCGCCUCCGCCGCCGCCGCCGCCGCCGGGUGGGCGCAAACUGAGCGGGGAAAGAUUGAAAAGGAAUGCUUGUCCAAGGAAAUUUGUUUAAUUGGGUAGUGGCUGAAACAGUGUCCCAGCUAAAACAGUGGCUGGAGAACAGUAGAUUGCUUCAGUUGGCCAACUGCUCUUUCAUGCCUGAUGGCGAGGUUGGAAUUGUCACUGUUUACUGAAGCAUGGGCUUCUGAAUGGUAAACCACGGCUAGUUCAAGGGGGCUUCCCGAUGGCAUGUGUGGAGCUUCUGUACCUCACCAAAGAGGGUGGUCAGUCCGAUCAGUGUCAGAAUAUGGACUGGAGCGUGCCUACUCCCUCUGGUCAAGGACAGCCCGGUGAAAGUGUAGGAAGGACUGCAACCAUAUCCAUGGCUGCUGAGUGCUGCGAGAGGCACUGCAAAGCCAUCCAAAGGUCAGAUCUUGCUGAAGCCCCUCUUUCCUUCACCACUGGUUCCUCACCAUGCCCAGAAUGUACAACCACAGGUGAGAUCACCUGCCAUCCCAGCUUUCCCAAAGAAGCAAAGGAGGCAACCCAACAGAGAGCUUGCUGCUGCGAAUCAGAGACAUCCUUCACUUUCGUGGACGAAAAUGUCAACAAUCUGGACUACGCAGGACGUCUUGCCCACAAGAGCUGCUGCCAAGGCCAGGAUCUCAUUCCCCAUCCCGACCCUGCUGGAGAGAUGCCCCUCGAAUGGCCCUACGAUCCACCCUCGCUCAUUUCCGAGGAAAACGAUGAUGCUGCCUCGGAAGCUGAUGGAGGGAAGUCAAUAGACUAUGGCUUUGUCAGCGCCAUCUUCUUCCUGGUCAGCGGGAUAUUGCUAGUGAUCGUUUCCUACGUGGUCCCCAGGGACGUGACUGUGGAUCCCAGCACGGUGGCGGCAAGGGAAAUGGAGCGGCUGGAGAAUGAGAGCGCCAAGAUUGGGGCUCACCUGGAUCGUUGUGUGAUUGCUGGGCUCUGCCUUUUAACGUUGGGGGGCGUAGUACUGUCCAGUUUGCUCAUGAUCUCUAUGUGGAAAGGCGAGCUCUACAGGAGAAGCAGGUUUGCAGCCUCCAAGGAAUCGGCCAAGCUCUACGGCUCCUUUAAUUUCCGAGUGAAAUCUUCCACCAACGAUAACAUGGAGUUAUCGUUAGUUGAGGAGGAUGCUCUUGCCGUAGAUAGUUAGGACGUCCUUGGCACUCUGAGGCAGCAAAGGAUGAAGAACGUAAUUGUCAUUACAUGAAACCAAAUGAAGCUUAAAAUAGCAAGCGCCGUCCGUUGAAGAGUAUCUUUUCCUAGCCCAUUGAAAUGGUAUGUUUGUGUUCUGUAGAUGUCGUAGUCUUGGACAAGAAAACAAAAGAGAUAAUAUUCGAAAUAAUGCAUACUUGGGAUUCAGAGUGAUUGAAAAUGGCCCUUUUGGUGUUUAUGGAAAUUCUUCGGUGGCUGAUGUCCAUUGAAACUGCUAGAGCCACAUUCAAACCCUGCAUUUAAAGCUCUGUGAUUCCACUUUAAACAGAGUUCCCUGGGAAGAGGGAUAAUUGAUUGUGAAACCACACUGGGGAUUGUAGCUGUGGGAGGGGAACAGGAGUCUUCUAUCAACUCUCAACACCCUUACCAAACUACAGCUCCCAGAGUCCUUUGGGGGAAGUCAUGACUGCUUAAAGUGGCUUACAUUUAUUGCUUUAAAUGUAGGGUGUGGAUGUGGUCGUGGUGUACAUGCAAUAACAGUAGAACUUGGAUUGCCAUUGGCUGGCAGCCCCACCCCCCAGUGAAGGUCUAGGAGCUGCCCUUUCCAUUUUCCACAGCACCAUUUGUAAGUGUCACUCCAGGGCUUUGUGUGGAAUUAAAAUGACAUGUCCUUAAUCUGCACUGGGGCCUGCCAUCUUAAUACCCCACAGUACCCCAAAGCGACAUUGCAUCAGGGUCCCUGUAGAAAAAAAAGGGGGUGGUGUGGUGCUAUAAGCAAUGAAUGUUUAAGGGGGGCACGGGUAAGGUGUCAGCAGUGGGCUUUGCUGGGCUGCCAGGAUUCCAGGAGAUGCCCACUCCCACUAUUGAAACUUACAUUGGCCUGAGUUCUUGGUGUGCUUUUUUCUUGGUAUAUUUAAUAACAAGAACUCCAACUUAUUUAACGUUAUUCAAGGCUGGCUGGUGGCAUUGCCCAUGCAUUGCAGGAUCAAGUGGUGGCUUAUGUGUGAAACUGUGUCAUCGCAGACAGAGCCUCCAUGUGGCCUCUUCAGUGCAAUGGUUUUCAGCCGAGUCAGGCCACACAAUCAGCUGAGAUGUGCACAUCAAGCAAGAUCAGAGAUGUCAAGUCUUGUGUGUGUGCGAACCAGGACU